UGACACGACACGGAAGCUAAACCACUCAGUGGAAAACUUCUUCUCUCUGGAAAAGCUUUCUUUCUGAAACGGUGAUUUUGGGAGUCGGCAAAAUUUGUGAUAGUUGUCCAGAAAGAACAUCCUAGUUUACAUUUGAGCACCACUGCCACGUGGACUUCAAAAUCCGUAAACCAUGAGUGGUCUGCAGCCUUCAACAAAGUUUGUGCUUAAGAGCACGACUAAAGUGUCACUGAAUGAUCGCUUUACCAAGAUUAUCAAGUCCAAACCACAGCAGUCACAGCAGCAGAGACUGAAUACCAUGCAGCAGCAACGUCAGUCCUCCCGGGCCAAUCAACGACUAGCACUUCAAAUGGAAAAUAGGCCAUCGGUCAAAGCAGCCUUAGGGCUACCACCACAAAACCAAAAAUCAAUUCAGCAGCGAUUAGGUCAACAGGGUAUCCGAGGAAGGCUGGGAGUACGGGGACGAGGGCGUGGACGUGGUGGUGGACGUGGUGGUGGUGGACGAGCAGCAUUCCAUAAUGUGCCUCAAGGAACUGCUUCCCGUGGUGGUCAAAGAAUGGCUAGAGGAAAUGCUGGUGGUAGAGGAUUACGUAGAGGAAGGGGUGCUGUUAGAGGUGGAAUGGCCUGGUCACAGGCUGGACGCAGUAGUGGUCAGCCUUCCAGAGGAGCACAAGGAUCGCGUGGAAUGAGAGGACGUGGAGGAUUCCAAAAUAGGCGUGGGAUGCGUGGUGUCCUAUCAUCUCGUGCUAGAGGUCGUGGGGUACGAGGGAGGGGAAAGAAGGAUGGUCGUGGUCGUGGCAGGGGAGGAAGAAUGUCUGCUAGAGGUCGUGGGCGUGGUAGAGGACAAAACCGUCAACAAGUAGUGUCCCGUGAGGAUUUAGAUAAUCAAUUAGACGCAUACAUGUCAAAAACCAAAGGAGCACUAGAUGCUGAGAUAGAGGCAUACAUGGCAGAGGCUGAAACCUUUUGAGUAGCAAUAUUCGUUCCACAACUAUACAAUGCCUUUUAACCAAAAGUUUUAAGAUUAUACUUUAAGGUACAACUGUAUCUAAUAUGAUAAAAAAAAAAAAAACCCACAUGUCUUGGUUCUAUAGAAAGAAAACUAGUUUACACAUCCACAAUGUCAAAAUGUAAUUGAGUAUUAGAUACUGAAAUAGUUUUAUAUUGCUCUAUAAAUAGAGAAUGCAAUUUAAUGAGAAGCAAAAUUAUUUCCUUAUAUACAUUAAAUUUUUUUAAAACCAGAAUGUUAAAUAGAACACUAGCCAGUAAUAAUGAAUCACAAUUAUUACUAAUUGACAUGAUGUAUAAAUUUACAGUGAUUGAUUUUUAAGUUAUUUGUAUAAUUAAAAUAGAUACUGUACAACUUAAACCUACAAGCUGGCAUAAUUAAUAUUGAGCCAUUUUUUCAACCAUCUAUGCUUGCUAGAAAUUUUAAACAUCGAAUUGGAUAAUGUAGCUAUAUUUUCAUAGACACUCUCCACAUAGUGUAAUUUUUUAAAAUCAGUCAGCUUGGCUAACAGAAUUAAUUCAGCCAAAUGUCAAAACCAGCGUCUGUUUUGUGUGAGACUUAAAAACAAGGAAAUGUUCUACAUUGUUAUUUAUAAAUAGUGUACAAAGAGUGUUGUAAUGUAUAGUUUUAAUUAAUAUCAGUUUGCAUUGGAAAUCAACUGUCUUGUGACCAGUCGUAAUAUUUUUAGUGGCUUCAUUUCUUUUACUUAGUUUUAAAUUAGCUCCCCAUCCUGCAAAUAAAUACCUUUUAUACUGCAGUGAGUGGGCCUCAUUUUCUUGUACGUAUUUUUAAAAUGAGUUCCCCAACCUGCAAAUACCUUUCAUAGGACAGGGAGUGGCCUAAUUUUUCAUUAUUUAGUUGUAAAUGAGGUUCCCAUCCUGCAAAUGACAUUUGAGGUGCAGGGAUUGACCUCAUUUCUUUUACCGUAUUUAGUUUUUAACUGAUAAUUCAAAUGACUGCAGUGGAACAGGGAGUGGCCUAAUUUCGGAUUUAAUUUAAUAUUUAUUUGGUAACUUUACAUACACCAUAGUUUUGAUUUUGUGACACAGCUGUAAUUUAAAAAAAAAAUUACCUCUUUGAGUAGGUCUACAGGUACCUUGUUUAUAAGUGGAGGCAUGUUACACAGUGGCUUUAUGCUUCCAACUGAAUUGGUGGGAGUUCAAUGCCAGUCAUAUUCCUUGUGUAAUUCUGCAAGGAACUUUACAUGUGAUUUUGGUCACUUUCCAUCCAAGACUACUCUAUUUGUGCCUGGUGAGAUUUCAAAUAUGGAAUGAAAUUGGUCCAAUAAUUGCUCACAAAAUCAGAAUACUUUCAUGUGAACUCGCUCUGAAUUCAAUGAUCAGUUGCCAGUGACGGUGCCAGAAAUAAGAGGUCAAACUUUCCCAACAGUGUCCAACUUUCCUUCAGCUCCAUGCUGUUUUUAAAGAUUAAGCACCUCCUGAUGCCCUGAUAAGGCAGUCAGACUGUAAAAGUGCCAUUUGUAAAGCAGUAUUUCCUGAUGUUUAUUUUCUGCCCCGAUAGGUCCAGGGUUCCCUAGGGGCUGGUGCCGCCACUACUGGUCGCAUGUCCACAAGACUACAUUAUGGACUACAGUAUAUACAAAUGAACAACUGUAUAUUUUAGAUUUUAUACCCUAUGUACCUGUAUAUUGUGAUAUUUGUAGAGUAGGUUAAAUCUCUCAUGAGGUGAAUCAAUUACAGUAAAGUAUCUGAAAUGUGUCAUUAUGUUUUAACAAUAGAUUACUGUAUACUUUUUACAUAUUGAUUAAUUACCACAAUACCUUGUUUAAUAAUUAGAAGUCUUAGUUUUCUUUAUUUAUUAUGAUUUGUCUAGAAUUAAAAGUUUGACUUCUUGAAAAA